GUAUUUUUUAUACAGAAUCGGAAUCUAUAUUUCCAUACUAAAUAGCGAUCCUUGGUGUGAAGUAUAACAAUAAAACAUAACAGAUAUUCAUGUGAAGGAGGUACCGGUAGUUAAAAAUGCCUUGUAGUCUGAAAUCUGUGGUCCAGUUUUCAAUUAACUGAUGUUACAUGUACAGUAUAAUAAUAAUGCUUGUGUAAAGCAGUGGUUCUCGAUUUUGGGAUCAAUGGCAGUUCUCAUAACUUGUUAACGUGCAAGUAUUCAGUUUCCAAUGUUAUAUUUUAGUUAUUUCGGGUCAUUCUUCGACUGUUUUGAAAUGUAAUAACUGUAAUACUUGGUUUUUGAAUACUUAUUACUUGUUAUGUUUAUAUAUUUUAUAUAACUACCCCAUUUGUUUAUCAUUUCAAUAAUGCUUAAAUUGGUGAUUUUCUUUUUGCAUUUAUUCAGAUCAUUUUGAAAUUUGAAUUAUCAUAAUUAUCUUCGAAUCCAUAGGCUUGCGAUAAUCUCAUGUAGUUUAAGUAUAGUUAUAUGAAUCAUUGUUUUUGACAUGUUUCAUUGUAUACUUUCUUUCAAAGCCGUGCUUGGAAGUGGAACGUUCAGAUAUGUGGCCUUUUCAACAUUUAAUUUUGCAAGUGUUGCAUGUUUUCAAGAAUGUGUAUGGUGUCAUUUAAUUAUUUUUGCUAAGCUAUAAACAGGGAUGGGAAAUAGUGAAAACUUCACUAUUCUAGAAUUCCUAAAUUGCCUAAUUCCCAUUCCAUUUUAUUCACAGUUAUUCAGCUAGGAAAUAGUAAGAAAUCUUUCACUACAGUGCUAGAAUAAAAUUUGUAAAAGGAAAAAUUGUAAAUGUAUCAGUCAGUGUCUUUGUAUUUACCGUAAAUAAAAUUGUAUUGUUUGAUGCCAGACGGGAGAUGUCCCAGAUUAAUUGAAUUUCAAAAUUUUGACAAUAUUAUUUUGACUGAAAUAUUCUGAAUUGCUUAUAUGUAAUGUAGCCACAAGUAACUUUUUCAUGUUUGACUCCACAUGAACUAUUAACAAAAGCGUAUGCGAAGAAUCAACAUUUUAAUAUUAUAUCUGAACGUUUCAGGUUUACAUGAAAUUAUUCUGAUAUGAUCCCAACUUGUGGUUGAGACUGAUUGGUACUAAAAUCAGACAUGUUAUGUGGUUUAUAUUUUCGUUUUGUAUCAAGUUCAGGCAGUUAUAUAAUGCAAACCUGAGAUCGGCUGUAGUGAUGCUCCGAUCGAUAUGGUAUAUUUUAGGUGUAACAUGUCUAUUCAAUUUCGGUGAAGCAUCUGAUUUAUAUGAAGAAACUUUAGUAUUAAAGCCACCUAAUGAUGAUCAAUUAUAUGUCGUGUUCAAUUUUUCUACUGUUUCAGAAGAUUUAAAAUCCUUAAAAAAUCACCAUUACAGUCUCUUUCCACGAGUUAUCGGUGAACUUGUUCGAAAAUAUGGGAUUGCAGAGUUUCACUUGUCCAUGACACAAGGUCUUUGGAGAUACGAAAGAUGGGGGCAUCCUUAUUAUCCAGCACCCCCUGGUGCCCAACUCUGGGUAUGGUUUCAACCCGAAAUUGAAAGUGUGCUUUUCAGUGUUGAGGCUUCUUGGAAAGGAUUCACAAAUGCUUUGUCAGGAUUAUUGUGCGCUUCUCUCAAUUUCAUUGGCAAAACAGAAACAGUAACACCAACAUUGUCGUUUCGACCACAAGGUGCUAUACAAGAUGCUUCCUCUUCGUUGUUGCGAUAUGCUGUACUUUCACGAGAAACUUUAUGCACAGAAAACUUGACUCCAUGGCUUAAGAUGUUACCUUGUGGUUCAAAUUCAGGAAUAUCCAGUUUGUUAAAUCCUGCUGCUCUUCAUCACAGUCAAUAUUUGUCUCUUGGUUUGAAUUAUAAGCAGAAAUGCUUUGAGAAGAAUUGUGACAAUCCUGCUAUUCAGCUUCAUCAAUCGGUAUCCACUAUGUUUGACUUGAGAAAAUCCACCAGUGAAAAACCAGGUUUUAGUGUUUCUACUAUAUUGAACAAAAAGAUUAAAGGACCUUGUCCUCUGGCUCAUAGAAGCGACAUAAGACUUUCAGUACCAGAGCAUGUUUCACUUCAUCCAAGGCCAAGUAUAAAAGAAAAUGGUUUUUCUGUGUAUAAUUUAUUUGAUCUUAAAGCACUCCGUGAUAUACAGGUGCAGUGGAACAAUAAUUUUGACGGAGAUGAAAAAACAACCCCCAUCCUUGUCGUUCAUUGUCAUCUUGCUGGUAUUGGACAACAGGAAGGUGGAGUGAGAUGCAGGUUGUCGAAUUCAGCAGCGAGAAACAUAUCUGUCCUAGUUAUGCAAACUGUUCCCUGGUUUUUGCAAGUUUAUCUUCACACUCUACAAAUUACAGAUCAAGAUGGAAAGAUUUUGCUGCCAAAACGGGUGACAUUUCGCCCUGCAAAAAUUCGUCAAUCACCUCAUUUUCUUGAAUACAUGUUGAAUAUAUCUCCUUCCUCAACAAUCAAGAUAGCAUUGCAGUUUAAUAGAGGCUUUUUAACAUGGACAGAACACCCACCUGAUGCUAAUCAUGGAUUUUAUAUUGGUUCUACUGUUGUGUCAGUGAGAGAAAAAGACAUUGAGAUAAUGGGAUCUGACAAUGUUCAUCAUAUUUAUUCUGAAGCACUACAGGUUUUUGUGCCGGUUCCAGAUUUUUCAAUGCCUUACAAUGUAAUUUGUCUCGCAUGCACAGUGCUUGCAAUUGCGUUUGGAUCUCUGCACAAUUUAACUACAAGGAGAUAUCAGGCUUUCGAUUCUGAUGAACCAAAAGCAGAAAGUUUUGUCAAUAAAUUAAUGAGCUUCCUGAAAAAAUUAAUAGGCUUAGUGAAAAGAGAUAAACUGAUAGAACCAGGAAACAAAGAUAGUUGAACGGGUUUUCUGAUAUUGGAUGGUGAAAGCAGUCUUGAAUGAAUCAGACAUGUGACGUUGACAUAACAGGACAAGUUUGUCUCUAUUCUUCAUGAAUGAAUUAUAUAUAUUAGCAGACAGUGGUGGAGGAAUUGUUAUAUUUCACUUCCUUCCAGUUGUUUUAUUACCAGUUUAACUUCAGAUGUGAUCGCAAAAUGUUUUUAUAGCAAACCGUUUUGGGAAUACAGAUUUUUUUCGAGAUUUUACGAAUGUUUAGUGCAUGUAUAUAAGAAGUUUGAAUUAUGCAAAAGAGUUGUGAGUUGGUCUAUGAGUAAUUGACACAUUUUGCAAUGUCGGAAUUCAUCUCUUUUGGAUUUUUUACCGUAUCAUGCCUCGUGAUCGCCCCAUUCACAUCUGUUUAUAUUUUCUAUCUCAAUAUGAAGUGCUCUAUGUUCAAAAUAUUGUCUCUAAAUUUUUUCUUCACAUUUUUUGAUCAAUUCCUAUGCACAAACACUGGAACUCUCGAAAUAUUUUCUGAUUAAAGUUGUUACUCGUA